AUGAGGUUUUCGCAGGAUUUUCACAUGGAUUAUAUUAUGGUUGUGGAGAGUUCGAGGAUUGGGAUGACGUAUCAUGCUGUUCUUCGUGAUGGGUCGGCGUUGACAGUGAAGAGGCUUUAUGGUUGUUUGUUGUCGGAGAAGCAGUUUAGGGCUGAGAUGGGGAGAAUAGGGCAGAUUAGGCAUCCGAAUUUGGUUCUUUUGCUUGGUUAUUGUGUUGUUGAAGAAGAGAAACUUUUGAUUUACAAGCAUAUGGCGAAUGGAGCUCUUUCGUUGAUGAUUAGGGAUUGGGCUCGAGUUGUGCUUCUUGAUGAAGAGUAUGAGCCUAGAGUCACUAAUUUUGGUCUGGCCAGGCUAAUGAGGCCUUUGACCUCCGACGAGGGUUUGAACACAACUCCAUUCUUGAAUGGGGAUUUUGGGGAGUUUGGGGAGUUUGCACCAGAGUAUGCAACCAAUCCGGUGUCAAGCACAAAAGGGGAUGUUUAUGGAUUUGGGGUUGUUUUACUUGAGCUUGUAACUGGACAGAAGGCUACUGAGGGGAGUCAUUAUGGGUCGGCGUAUCAACUCGUUGUUGCUGGUAAAAUUCGUGAAGCUAUCGAUAAACCGUUGAGAGGGAACAGACAUGAUGAUCAAAUUGUAGAGUUCUUGAAGGUUGCUUGUGGAUGUGAGGGGAGGAGAGGGGAAUGGGAGAGGAGGGGGAGGAGGAGGACAUUGAUGACGACGAUGAGGAAGAGGAGGGGGAGAGGGAGGGGAUGA